AUGGACGAGGUCAAAGGCUGUCAGUAUGGGCAGGAGCAGUUUGGGCUGCCCACGCUACCUUGCCUUAGCUCUUGCUACCAGUCCUCCAGCUUCCCAUUCGUCUCAUUUAAUCGGUUAAGACAACAUGUGCAGGGUUCAGUUGGUUUACUCUGCACACCUGGUGGCACAACCAAAAUCCUGUGGGUAUGUUUUGCAAGAGCUCUCACUGCCUUCGCUGACUGCAGGGACAGUACUGACGUUUUUCAAUCUCUAUUUCCCUUUCUUUCAGAAUAUGCAGCAAUAAACUCCAUGCUGGACCAGAUCGACUCCUGCUUGGAUUACCUGGAGGAGAAGAACGAUUCUCUACACGCCUGCUUGAAAGAACUGCUGGAGUCCAACCGCCAGGCCCGCCUGGAGUUCCAGCAGCAGAGCGAGCAGCAGAACACGGAAGCUGAUGCGCAGGGCUCACAGCCUCCUGCCUAG